GAUCGCAUUUCAAGAAAAAAAUAUGAUCGCAAUCACCAUCAUCAAUCCCUUCAUGAAUCAACCAUUAAUCACUAAAUCGAACGAUAAAGAUCAACGAUCCAUCUUCCAUAUAAAUAGUAAAACGAACGUCGUCUCCUUCCUCAAGCUUCUUCACCAUACUCAUCAUCAGUCUCUCUUUGUACUCUUCUAUCAUGGGAAAGAUCAAGAUCGGAAUCAAUGGGUUUGGAAGAAUCGGAAGGUUGGUGACCAGGGUUGCUCUGCAGAGAGAUGAUGUUGAACUCGUUGCGAUUAACGAUCCCUUCAUUUCUACUGACUAUAUGAUAUAUAUGUUUAAGUAUGAUACAGUUCAUGGUCAUUGGAAACAUACUGAUGUGAAACUGAAGGAUGACAAGACCCUUAUCUUUGGUAAUAAGGAAGUAUCUGUAUUUGGAAACAGGAAUCCUGAAGAGAUCCCAUGGGGGGAGUCUGGAGCUGAAUAUGUUGUUGAGUCUACUGGUGUAUUCACUGAUAAGGAUAAGGCUGCUGCACAUUUGAAGGGUGGUGCAAAGAAGGUUGUGAUUUCAGCACCUAGUAAGGAUGCCCCUAUGUUUGUCAUGGGUGUUAAUGAGAAAGAGUACAAGCCAGAUAUUGAUAUUGUUUCCAAUGCUAGCUGCACUACCAACUGUCUUGCACCUCUUGCUAAGGUUAUUCACGACAAAUUUGGUAUUGUCGAAGGUCUCAUGACCACUGUUCAUUCCAUCACAGCCACACAAAAAACGGUUGAUGGACCAUCGAGCAAGGACUGGAGAGGUGGAAGGGCUGCUUCUUUCAACAUCAUCCCCAGCAGCACCGGAGCUGCAAAGGCUGUGGGUAAAGUGCUGCCUUCUCUAAACGGGAAGUUAACCGGCAUGUCCUUUCGUGUUCCAACUGUCGAUGUCUCUGUUGUUGACUUGACUGUGAGGCUAGAGAAAGCUGCUACUUAUGAAGAUAUCAAAAAUGCUAUUAAGGAAGCAUCUGAGGGACCGUUGAAAGGAAUCUUGGGUUAUACUGAAGAUGAAGUGGUGUCCACUGAUUUCGUGGGUGACAAUAGGUCAAGUAUCUUUGAUGCAAAGGCUGGAAUAGCUUUGAAUGAUAAUUUUGUGAAGCUUGUGGCUUGGUACGACAAUGAAUGGGGCUACAGCACCCGAGUUGUCGAUCUGAUAUCCCACAUGGCUAAGCAGUAAUGUUUGUGUGAUUGUAGCCGAGUUUGGUAUGAUUUUAGUGGUGUGAAUUCGCGAGAAUAAAAUCUAAGACUAAGACGAGAGCUGUCGCCUAUCUAUAAUGUUUGUAAUAAUAAUUCCCAUGUUUGGAAUUGGCCUCUCUGUCUUUGGUUUUGCAGAUAUUAAUGAGCUGUUUAGUAACAAACAAACAAUUUAUAUUAUUAUGUUUUAUAUA